UGACACAAAUAUUUUGACAGAUUGUUUGGCAAUUUCAUUUUAAUUGCAAAUUCUGCUAAUAAUGCGGAAUUCGUUGCAAUUUAAUUAAUUUUCAAUUUAAACCUUUAUCGCUUUACUAUAAUCCUACCUACGAUUAAUUACUACACAUUUCCAUCGAAUUCACCUUCGAAUCUAUAAGCACUAGAAAGUCUGUUUUCCGGUUUGAAAACCCACAUUUACGGCUAAUUUUGACGUGUUAGUGUUUGUGUACAGAAUACCAAGCUUGUUUCGCGUGACCGAGCGUAUUUUCACGAUAAUUGGGCCGCAAACGCCGUAAAUUUCACUAAAUUCUCAAGGCAACUGUGUUGGCAGUUGGGCAGGAUGAAUAGCUUCCUAUCCCCGCGUAUGAUGGUCGGAGCGGCUAUAGUCGGCCUCGUCGGGGCCGCCGGAGUGUUCAUUUACGAACAAGUGUACAAUGAGAAGAGGAGGGCAAUGCUGGUGAGCGAGAUGGCUCGCUUAGACAAGCAAGUCUCCUCCAUGAGAACAGAACUGGAGGCUUUGAGGGAACUGCAAAAGGAAAAUCAACUGCGUCAGAAACAGAGGCGGCGUCCGCGGCCCAAACCGGCCGCUAAGCCAGCAGCAGAAGGUGACGUGGUUGACGCCAGGGAACAGAGCUACGCCUCAGAUUCAGAAUACUUCACCGACUACCAGUCCGUGUUAGGCACAGACCAUGAGUUAGACAGCGAAGAGUUCUACGACGUACACACAGAUGAUGACGAUGACACGCUGCGGGAGAGUCUGCGCAACGGACACGCGCACGAACUAGAUGACGACGCGUCAGAGAAGUCGGACGGGCGACCGACGGACGCCGCCUCCAACGCGUCCACCGUCACGUUAAGAAACAAGACACCAAGGGUCAAUUAGAAAUAUAUUUGCCAUAUUUGGGACGACACCACCGUAGAAUACUAGAUGACAUCGUGAAGUCGAUACUCGAAUAUACUCAAGUUACAAGUUAACCAAUAAGAAUGUAAAUUGGACCUUAUGAAAGUUGACAUAAGGUAUUGUUUAUAUUGGUUAGAGUAUAGACGCAUAUAAAUGUUGACAAAUAUUAAUAGUAAUUAUGGACAAAUGAAAUAAUUUUACAAAGUAGAAACGCUACUGUAAGUUAUGUGCCUGAUACAAAAUGAAAAACAUUAAAACACGAGUGUGGCUUUAUGAAACGAGCAGAAAGCGAGUUUCAUAAAAACAUCACACGAAUGUGAUCGAUACCAGGGAUGUUGCGAAUAUUCGCAUCCGCAUCCGCAACCAUGGAACUUCCGCAUUAUUUUCAAAAUCCGCAUCCACAUAAAAUCGAUACGGAGCUUAAUGCGGAUGCGAAUGUCGAACAAGUCGGUACAGGAACGUCUUAGCGGCGGUGUAAGUGCUAGGUAAUUUCGUCAUUACCUAUUGACGAAAUCGUCCUGAUCCAGAAAAGUCGGCCAGGUUACUGUUUAUUAAAUAUAACGCAUCUAUAUUCUUGCUCAAAUACUAAACGUUUUUUUAAGUACUUUAUCUUGACAUCCGCAUUGAUGUGAGCCUUUAAAUAUCCGCAUCCGCGGAUGGCAAAAAAUCUGCAUUCGCAACAUCCCUAAUCGAUUUUAAUAACAAAACUUCCGUGAGACACAGACAUAUUAAAUGUAUUAAGAACGGGUCACUCACGUAUUUUAAGUCGAAAACGCUCGACAUGUUUCACUCCGUACCGAGGAGUGUCAUCA